AUGGGAGACAAUACAACAGUCGCCGAAGUCCAAGUUGAUGAUGACGCUCAUUCAGACUCGGAAGAUUCCUCCUACGACACUGGCUCCAUAACAGACAACGCGUCCAUUGCCAGCAGUGUGCUUAAAUACAAUUGGAAGCAUGGCCGACGUUAUCACAGCGACAGAGCUGGGGAGUACAGCUUUCCCAAUGAUGAUGAGGAACAGGAUCGUCUCGAUAUGGUUCAUCACGUUUUUACACGGCUGAUCAACGACCGCCUUUUCACAGCGCCCAUCGAUCCAGAGGGCGCGAGGGUGCUUGACAUCGGCACAGGAACUGGUCUCUGGGCGAUACAGUUUGGAGACGAACAUCCAUCCGCCGUUGUCAUCGGGAAUGAUCUCAGUCCAAUCCAACCAGAUUGGGUUCCCCCAAAUGUCAGGUUCAUCAUUGACGACGUUGAGGCAGACUGGGUAGAUCCAGUUCCUUACGACUAUAUUCAUUGCAAAUACAUGGCUGGUUCUAUCAAGGAUUGGCCGCGGCUCAUUAACCAGGCCUACGCCAAUCUUAAACCCGGGGGAUGGAUCGAGCUUCACGAAACAGCCAACACAUUAUAUUCUGAAGAUGACUCGCUUCAACCAGAUAACGCUCUUGUCGAAAUGAUGGAACAUCUCACGGUCGCCUGUGAAAAGAUUGGUCGAACAAUGGAUCCUGCACCAUCUUUUAAACAGUGGGUCAAAGAGGCUGGGUUCGAAAGCGUGAAAGAAGACAGAUUCAAACUUCCCAUCGGUCCUUGGCCAAAGGACGAACGUCUGAAAGAAAUCGGUACGCUUAUGGGAAUCAAUAUGAUAGAGGGAGUAGCUGCUUUCACAGCAGUGUUGUUCACAGAAGUACUGGGCUGGUCGCGUGAGCGGGUCGAGCUAUUCAACGCACGAGUCAGACAGGCAUCGCGACAGCGAUCAGUCCAUCCGAUUUUCGACUGUUUGGUAGUGACUGGUCGGAAGCCACGGUAA